AUGGCCUUCCAAUCCUGGCUUUCCCCAUCAUCCGCCCUGGAUCUCCUCGUCAUCGUCCGCUUCUCCGCAUCAAUACCCGACCUCAACCUCGACGUACCCAAUGCAGAGUCCACAACAGGCGCCGGUCUCAAGCAAUUGAUCCGUGCCAAACUCCCACCUACGCUCAAAAAUCAUAGACUGCGUCUCAUCUACGCUGGCCGUGGCCUUGAAGACACAACCGCCCUUGCAGUCUCUCUCAAACUUCCACCUUCUCCAAGUCGGACACCUCGUCCGGCUGAUGAAGACGAGGAUGAACAAGAUCAAGGGGCUGACCACGAUGACGAUGAUGGCGAGCCCUCUACUGCAGAGCAAAGCCUUCUGAGACGUAAGCGCAAAGGAAAACAGCCUGUUCGAGACACACGGCCGCGUCUUUACAUUCACUGCUCAAUCGGCGACAUCGCCCUCUCAGAAACCGACCUCGCCGCCGAGGCAGCAGUCGCUUCGACACAGUUACUAGAAAAACAAAAAGAUGCAUCACAGGUGUCAAUGCUCGCACGAAAUAAUGACUCUACGUCUCGGUCAACCGACGCAUCACAGUCCCAGUCACAACCAGCGCAACACUCAUCAACCACGCCGGCCCCACGUGGCUUCGACCGAUUACUGGCGGCGGGGUUUACACCCGCAGAGGUGACAGCUCUUAGAUCACAAUUCCUCGCUGUGCAAUCUGUGUCUAGGACACGCGACACAAUGCCCACGGGAGACGAGCUACGGGACCUCGAGGACCGGUGGAUGGAUGAAGGGUCAACGGUAGCGCAGGCGCAAGCUGGUGGGGGACUUGGUGGUGCGGGUGGAGGAGGUGGCGGUGAUGACGAUGGUGGGUUUGGAUCUGGGUCGCCGACGGCAAUAGACGAUAUGCUGUGGGGAGCUGUUAUGGGGUUCUUCUGGCCGAUUGGAUGUGCGUUCUGGCUGAGGAAUGAAGGUGUUUGGAGCUGGAGGAAAGGGAUGGCGGUUGUUGCGGGGCUGAUUGUGAAUGCUGUGUUUGGGGGGUUUAGGAUCAUGAACUAG